AUGAGAUCUCGUGCCACCAUUACCUGCCCCCUCACCCUCACCAUGGCACGUUAUGGUGGGGUGGAGUUACUGUUGGUGCUGUGGGGCCUGGAUCUCUCUCUGCCCUGCCCUCGCCACUGCAUCUGCUACACUUCACCUAGCACCGUGUCAUGCCAGGACCACAACUUCCACGCCGUGCCCGAGGGCAUCCCCGCUCAGAGCGAGCGCGUCUUCCUGCAAAAGAACAAGAUCCAGAGGCUGCUCCGCGGCCACUUCUCGCCCACCACCACCAUGUUGUGGCUUUAUGCUAACAACAUCUCCUACAUACAGCCGUCCACCUUCCACGGCUUCGACCGCCUGGAGGAGCUCGACCUCGGGGACAACCAGCACCUGAAGGCCGUCGCUUCAGACACCUUCCUGGGCCUGGGGCGGCUUCACGCCCUGCACCUAUACAGCUGUGGCCUGAUCAGCUUACCUCCGGGGAUCUUUGCCGGGCUCCAUAAUCUCCAGUAUCUCUACCUACAGGAUAACCAGUUAGAGUUCCUAGAGGAUGACCUGUUCAUCGACCUGCUGAACCUCAGUCAUCUCUUCCUGCAUGGCAAUCGACUGUGGAGUCUUCGCCAGAAUACUUUUCGAGGCCUGGGGGUGUUGGACCGGCUCCUUCUCCACCAGAACCGAAUCCAGUGGGUUGAUCGUCAGGCUUUCCACGACCUGCGGCGUCUCACCACCCUGUACCUGUUUAAUAACUCCCUGACUGAGCUAUCCGGUUCCAGCCUGACUCUGCUGCCAGCUCUGGAGUACCUGCGACUCAACGACAACCCCUGGGAGUGCGACUGCAAGGCUCUGUCACUUUGGGAUUGGCUGCGGAGGUUCAGAGGCUCCACCUCGUCUCUGAUUUGCGUUUCACCACCAGAGCUGGCGGGGAAGGACCUGAAAACGGUGAAGAAAGAGGAGCUGCCCAGUUGCUUGCUGGGCGAGGGUCACGCGCGUGGCGCUCCAGGUGGCGAGAUGGAGCAUGGAGAGUCUUUAAACCACCUGAAUCGCCACAGAAACCAUCACAACCACCACCAGCGGCCGUACUUGCCCCACGGGGACCAGUACAGCCUGCCUUCGCCCUCGCCCCUGCCACGGCCGCCCAAGGGGGGCCGCAGAAACUGUACCCGCCGGGGUCGCAAGGCAAAAGGGGGGCUCAAUGAGGUGCAGAUACUUCGGGAGGGGGGUGACAAAGACUAUGCUCCGGAUGGAGGUAAAUACGACCUGUCUGCAAACGGACGGAGGAAGAACAAGUGCAUCCCCAGAACUUCUGUCGGCCCACCAAGUGGGGUCCAGAGAGCUAAUAAUAAUGCAGGGUCACACCUUGCAGAUUAUGUUUCCUGUUUCUCAUCAGCUCUGCUGCUGUCUCUCUACUUUGUGAUCCUACGCUGA